CUGGGUCAAAAUCCCAGAAUUCCUCCCUGAUGUGGGUCUCCCUAACUGCGGUGCUUCAAAGAGGCAAGGGGGCAAAUAGGGAUGGGCAAUAAAUGCUGGCAUGCCAGUGAAUAAAUUGGCACUCUUGCGGAUGGUCCUGAAGAGAGCUGGCACAGAAAUGCAAGAUUUUGGCAAUGCUAGCACCCUUUCAAUGAGGAGCACAGAGCGAUUGAUUCGAUAUCUUGUUCCUGCCCUUAAUCUAUUCCUCUGUUUCUCCAAAGAGGAGGGUCAGCCGGCUGAGAAGGAACGCAAGCGUCCGGACGAUUCCCAGGCCUUGGAGCCUCUCUCCUCCCUGUUGCAAGCCGAGGGCGCCUUUCCCCAGCCGGGGCUGCGACCUAAUGUGGGGGCCAUCGCCGAUGUGGGAUCGCCAGGCUGGAGCUCACCUGCCCCCCGCAAUGCCCACCUGCUCUACGACAAGGGGCGGCGGGUGCUAAGGCAGAUCCAGGAGUUGACCAAGCCCCCGGGGGGCCGUGACUCCUCCAGCGGGCUCCUGGCCCGCCUUCUGAGAGAGGAUAACCCCAGCAAGGGAGGGGGUGGACGCCUCUGGCACCUCCUGCUGGCUGAUGAGCCUGCCGGGCCCCACACCACCGGCUUCGGAGUCCCGACACCGCCGUGGGAAACAGGAUCUCUCUCGGCCUCGUUGUCACAGGUGCCAAGUCAGCCACUGGCCGAACAGGAGUGGGAGCCCAGGGGAGGAGCGAGGGUUGGCAUCCUUUCGAAGGCCAUGCUCGCUGCGGGGAUUCCCACCGUGCUGGACAGGGGCCCGGCUCCCCUCGACCGGAUGGCUCCCCCCACAACGCUCUGCAAGGUAGCAACCUUGGGACGUGCGACUGUCAACCCGAGCACAACAGCUCAAGGCCCGACCUGGAAACGGAGGUCCCCGUGCCCCUCACGGACACCUGGCGCAGCGUCCACCUCCUUCCCCUCCCCAUCCGUGCUGCCUUUCGGCCUCGGGUGCCAGGCCUCUGCCUUCCUGACCGUUGCUGACGAUGAUUCUGGCAUUGCCAGUCCAUGUCCCGACCCACGGUUCCUCCGUCGCCCGCUGUUGGAUCCCCUCAGAGUCCUGUACCCGAUGACGGCUGAGGGGGAGGAGCGGACUGCCGGUACCGCUGAUGCCGUGCUGGACACCAGAGAUGGCAGCUGCAGCGAUCUAUUGUCGGAUGUCCAAGAUGGCGGCUGCAGCGAUUUGUUGUUAGACGCCCAAGAUGGCAGCCAUUUUGACACGACGGUGGGCGCACAAGGUGGCGGCCGCAGCGACCUGCCAUUGGGCACCCAGGAUAGUGAACCUAUUGACAUGGUGAUGGGCACGCAAGAUGGCAGCCACACUGAAACGAUGGCGGACAGACAAAAUGGUGGCUGCAGCGCCCUGUCGUCAGAUGCCCAAGAUGGCGGCCUGGUCCACAUGAUGGCGGAUCCUCCAGGCGGCGGCCCUGUUGAAAUGAUGGCGGAGUGCCAAGAUGGCAGCUCCAGUGACCUAUUGGCCAACUCCCAAGAUGGUGGCUCCUGCCAUGCUUUCUGCGCCUCCUCCCCGCAUCUGAGCGAGGACUUUGGCCAUGAGGGCUUUUACACGCCGGAGGGGAGCCCGUCCGACGUGGAGGGCGAUGUCGAUCCUGAGGCUCAGAUGGCCCGGCUCGGGGAGGACGAGGAGGAGCCUGGGGCACCUGGCGUCUUGCUGGGCCUAGACGUGUUGAACAGCAUCGGGGCUGUCUCCAGGAGGCCGGCAAGACCUGUGGCCCGGUCUGUGACAGAAGUGGAGGAUGGUAGCCAGGCCUCAGGCUCGUCCCAGUCAGCGAGGGGCAGAGAGGGGUGGGCCAGUGGGCAGGCGGAGGAAAUAGCAGAUGACGUCUACACAGAGAUCCACCAAGACAUGUUCUCCAAAGCCUUCCUCUUCCACAAGUUCAUGACGCAGGGACGUUUCCAACGCAAACCGAGUGAUCAAAGUGGCAAAGACCAGCCCUAAGCUGGGCUGGGGUGGGGGGGGUUUAGGGUCCUACAGGCCACAUUCUAACCCCCACCCCUAGUCGUCUGAUCAAAUUGCCCGCGUUCCUCCUCAUGACGCCUCCCCCGACCAAUGCUGGCCUUCGGCCAUUUUGAAAUGCUAUAAGAGUUAUAUUUUUAUGGACUUCCCUUCCCCAGGAUGGGAAUAAAUAAAUUAUUUUUCUGACAA